AUGGAAUUGUCUCAGUACUCCCUGCAGAAUAUGACAGGAUUUCAGAAGUAUCUGAAACUGGUGAAGACUUCGUCCAAGACGAAAAAUGUGAAUGAAAUGCAUGUAUGCUAUUAUGUGAUGGGUAAUGGCGUGGUUGAAGAACAGAAGGUUUUGUUCGAAAAAGCAGAUCAUGGAAUGAUGUAUCAUCUUAAACCAUUGUUUAUAAGGGAAAAGAUUAAUAGAGUCCCAAUUAAUAAGGUGUUUGUCGAUGGUGGGGCAACAAUGAACUUGAUGCCCCAUUCAUUACUUCGAAAGAUAGGAAAGAUAGACAAAUAUUUGAGGCCCCAUAAUAUGAUCUUGUCUAACUACGAAGGGAAAACUAGUAGUAUACUUGGGGUGAUACAAGUUGAUCUGGUUGGGGGUUCGACUACCAGGUCAACCAUUUUCAUGGUGAUUGCAUCUCAGGCUAAUUUUAAAUUGUUGUUAGGUCGAGAAUGGAUCCAUGGAGUCCAGGCAGUCCCAUCAACGUUGCAUCAAAGGGUAGCCAUUUGGAGACCAGAUGGGAUUGUAGAAAAUGUGGAGGCUGAUUAG